AUGGCUGAUCGACCUACAAAACACGGUCUUGCAAAAGAAGCAUUUGAUAAAGUUCAAUCAAAAUAUGAUGUUGCACAUGCUCAUGAAGCUUUAGAAUGGAUUAGGGAAAUUAUCGAUGAACAAUUUGACACCAAUGGUGAUAUGGAUAAUGUUUAUAAUCAAUUAAAAGAUGGUCGAAAGCUUUGCCGAUUAAUGAAUUCUAUUGUACCCAAUUCUAUUCCAAAAAUUAAUAAUAGUGAAAAUAGUUUUAAACUUAUGGAGAAUAUCGCUCGUUUUGCUGAAGCAGCUAAAGUUUUUGGAUUAACUGACGCCGAAACAUUUCAAACAGUUGAUCUAUAUGAAAAAAUGAAUCUUCAUCAAGUUAUUGUUUGUCUUUUUGCACUUGGUCGAAAAGCUCAAAAACAAGGUAUGCGUGGUUUAGGUCCAAAAGAAAGUGAUAAAAAUGAACGAACUUUUUCUGCAGAAACAUUAAAACAAGGUAAUAUGGUAAUUAGUACUCAAUAUGGAUAUAAUAAAGGAGCGACACAAGCAGGCAUGAAUUUUGGCAAUACACGCCAUAUGUAG